GAAGAAACAAGUUUCACGUUUGUCUUCUUGAAGCGUUUUAUCCCUCUUCUGAGUUGACGAAAUGCUUUGUACAAACAUGUCUAAUACCCAGCGUCUGAGGGAUCUGCUGAAUCUACGGCUAACAGCAGAUGAUAAAGAAAUAUUUGAGUUGCUUGAUGGAAUGAUUGGAGAACAUGAAGGAGAAGUUCAUCGAUUAAAAGAAGAGAAUAAAGCCCUGAAAGUGCUGGAUGCUGUUUUUAGUCCUCAAGUUCGCUUAUACAGAACAGAUGUCCAGCAGUUGUUGCUGACUAAAGAAGAAUGUAUCCCUGAACAAGAGUGGAAACUGGGUAUUGACCAAAAGCAUAUUAAAGAGGAGCAAAAGAACGUCUGGAUAAAUCGUCAGGUACCGCAGCUUCACCAGGUGGAGGGGGCUGAUAUCAAACAAAAGUUUUCUUGCACUGCUUUCCCUGUGAAGAGAGAAAAUGAUGAUGAAAAACCACAGUCAUCACCAGCUCAUCAAAGCCAAAGUGAUGAGAGCACAGAGGUUGAGCCUGUAGCCAGCAGCUCAACUGUCCACAGAGCAUUGACAGCACAAAUUGAUCAAGAGGACUAUGGAGGGCCGCGACCAGCCAGCAACUCAGGUCCAAGCAGUCAUUUACAACCAGAUGCCAAUGGUAAAGGGGCAGUGAAAAACAAGAAUGUUUCUGUUAGUCCUAGCAGUUGUAACAAUGCUAAGACAAAGCAACACAAGGGAAUGCAAGCAAGUGAGAAAGAGUUUAGCCGUCCUGUUCAGUGUAAAAGACAAAAGAGUACUCUGGACAGACAAAUGAGAACUGAUACAGGACGAAAACUCUUUCAGUGUUCUGAGUGUGAUAAAAAAUUUGAACAGAAAGGACAUCUGUUCAGACACAGGAGAGUUCAUACAGGAGAGAAACCAUUUGGCUGUCGUGAGUGUGGCAAAAAAUUUGGGCAAAAGGGCCAUCUGAACAUACACAUGCGUUUUCAUGCCGGACAAACACCAUUUACAUGUUCUGAGUGUGGUAAAGGAUUUGUCCAAAAGGACAGACUGAACACCCACAUGAGAAUUCAUACAGGAGAGAAACCAUUUGGCUGUUCUGAAUGUGGUAAAAAAUUUGAACACAAAGGCCAUUUGAAUACACACCUGAGAAUUCAUACAGGAGAGAAACCACAUGUCUGCUCUGAGUGUGAUAAAAGAUUUCGACUAAAUGGCGAGCUGAAGAAACAUAUGAGAAUUCAUACGGGACAGAAACCAUUUGCUUGUUCUGAGUGUGGGAAAAAAUUUGCACAAAGUGUCCAUCUCAGCAUACACAUGAGAAUUCAUACAGGAGAGAAACCAUUUGUUUGUUCUGAGUGUGGUAAAGGAUUUGGGAGAAAGGGCCAUCUGAACAUACACAUGGUAGUUCAUAUAGGACAUAAGCCAUUUAUUUGUUCUGAGUGUGGUGAAAGUUUUAGAAGAAAGGGCAGUCUAAACGUACACAUGAAAACUCAUGGGUGGGUUGGAAGCACUACUGGACACUAGCCUCUAGUGUCCUCUGUCACACUGUGAAGGGGUUUACUGGGAUAGAUCAUUCACUGCCUCAACAAAAAAGGAGUCAUUCACCACAUCAACUACAAAACACUAUACAUAUGCACCUAGAACCAGAACAGCGGGAAUUAAAGAGGAACUGGCUAUGAAGAUUGAGGAAAUGAGGAGAAUGGACAUGCAAGAGUGCCCUAAAUUGAUCAAACUGAAGGAGAGUCAAAAAGUUCAAAAGUAUACUACAGGAAGAUCCCCUGGGAUUGACAAGACUGAUCCCAGAAGCAACCACACUGACCAAGUUAAUCUUGUGUGAAUUAUGGACCUGUAUGUUAUAUACAAAGUAAAUUUGGCCCACAAUAUUUGGAGAGAAGAGGAAACAGAAUUGGGAAGAAUAAAUACUGUGCCACGGAAAAAGACAUUACAACAGAAAAUCAGCCGUCUCAGAGCAGAGAUUUCCUAAGUGAUAAUUUAUGGGAGGCUAAAAUCAUAAAUGUUUUGACUGAAUCACAAUUUUAAACAAUUUUCUGUUUUCAGACAUUGUUUAUUUGAAAAUUUGGACAGUUGUGAUUUUAACAUUCUGACAUUUGUUUUAAUGGCCGACAUUGUAGAAUUGCGUUUUGAACCACAUAACUGAUUGUAGUUGGUGAUUUCAGGUUUUUUGUUUUUUAGAGUGGCUCAUCUGAUUUUAAUAGACUUUGGUUUACAAGAUUCAAAUCAUUUUAGACAUGUUGAAUAUUUUGAGUGUUAACGCUCUUUAAUGAACCUGUGCUAUUAAAGGCGGGGUGGUAUUAAUGCCUUACGGUUGCCACCUUUCAGACAUUAAAAUAAAGGACACACACCACGGCUCCUCAGGGCCACUACCACCCACAAGUUCAGAUGGUUACAUAAUGAAGUUCAAUAUAGAAAUAGAGAGAAUUCUAAAAAAAAAAAAUAAGUUUUUCAGUAUCAUAUACAAGAGAUAUGAGGAAAAAUAAUUCAGAGGGAUGAUCUCAAUUGGAAGUAAAUGUAAUUAAUUUAUAUGUUAUCUUUCUCUAUUUUUGGCACAAUGUUGUGUAUUUUGAAUUAUAUAUGAGGGUGAUUCUUAGACUAUGGGCACUUAUGUCCUUUGAUGAUACUGUAUGCAAAACAGAAA